GCAGUGAAGGGACACAGAGCAACUACUACAGUGGACUCUGAAUAAAAACAGCUACUAGUCCAUUAUGAAGGCAUAUCUCUUUCUCCUAACUUUCAUAGGUGUUGUCCCAGCAAGCCUAUCUCUUUUGCGACCUGUUGGUCACAAGUACUAUGUGAUCAAAACAAAAGUGACAUGGCCAGAAGCUCAAAAUUACUGCAGGGAAACAUAUGCUGACAUGGCGACAGUUGAAAGUGCCCUUGACUGGUUAAGACUAAGGGAAAAAGUGGCAAGAGAAGGUCUGACAGACAUUGCCUGGGUUGGUUUGUACAAUGAUAUUGACAGUUGGCGCUGGAGCUAUAAUGAUGUCCUACUAAAAAAUGCUUAUGAACAUUGGUACACUCCACAGCCUGAUAACAGUGGUGGGCACCAAUCAUGUGGUCUAACAGGCCCAUAUGGAUACUGGUGGGAUUACCCCUGUGGAAACCUGUAUCCAUUCAUAUGCUACAAUGCUAACAACAGUUAUGCUGCCAGAUAUGUUGGUGUCACUUCUAAAUUGGACUGGAAUGGAGCUCUGGCUUACUGUAGAGAGUUUCACACAGAUUUGGCUUUUGCACUAACUAUGACAGAUAACAACCCAAUGCAGAGCAUAGCAUUCGAUCAGGGUAUGUCUUGGAUUGGUGCAUUCAGAGACACAUGGAAGUGGUCAGAUGGAGAAAACACGUCGAACAUUCUAUGGUUUUCUGGACAGCCUGAUAAUUACUAUGGCAAUGAAAACUGUGCUGUGCUUGAUAAAGGAAUGUAUCAGGACACAAUAUGUACUGGGCUCAACUAUUUCAUCUGUCAUAUCACUCAUCCAGUGCGGGAAAGGCAGAUCAUGAGACUCCAAGUGAAGUCUGACUUAAGCAUGUUUGAUUCUGAUGUGCAGUCGGCCAUCUUAGAGCUGGUCAAGCAGAAGCUCACUGAAAAUGGCAUGAUGGAGAACACCACAGUGACCUGGAGAGUGAAGUCAGAUGGACAAAUUUUUCACAAGAAAAAUAGACCUCUAGACACUACCUGGGUUUAAGCUGGGUUAAGAUCCAAUGAAAAAGAUAAAUAUAUAGUUUGUCUCUUGUUGAUUAUUUCCCUAUUAUAGUAGCUUCUUCUCAUUUCCCUAUGUACAUUCAACUGCAUUUUAAUUUCAGUGUGUCGCUUUUUUAAACAUCCUGACAUAUUUUGUUAUAUG